CAUGAGCGACCAUAAGAUUAUUUAGGCUGCACUUGCGCACUAAAUGCAAUAGGUACUACAGGCGGAUGCAUCAACAAUUAGAAAUAAACUCCAUCUUUCACAACAUGUACUUUAUUAUACUAUACAUUGCAUAUCAAUUGGUUAAAAUGACGGUUAAUUGAUGUUGUUGACAAUUUGAAAAUAAACACCAUUUAGACUAUAGACAUCAGCGCCUCUAUUCUAGUUGAAGUUUAUUGAACGAAUUAUCAGAUUAAUUAUCUGUUGAUAACAAAUGUUUUUUGCAUACAAGUCCUGUACAGAUGUGAGAAAAGAUUUGCAAUAAAUUCACAAUACAAGUAAAAUUAAAUGUAACACAUUGAUCGGGUAACUGUGUAGCCGAGUAAAAAAACGCAUAUAAUUUUUUAUUACACUUUUAAGACAGAAAAAUAAAUUGCAAGAUGAGUUCUGCUCGGAUAAUCGGAGCAAUGUCUUGUCUUUCAUCGAAAAAUCGUAUUUUAUUUUCUAAAACAGUAAUAAAUAUGUCAACAAGAUGUUUAGCUACUGCUACUGCCGAAAAUCAUGUAAAAUGGAGAGCUGUAGAAGAUGUUGCAGUAAUAACUCUGAAUUCACCUGGAGUAAAAGAAAAUACCCUAAACAUAAAAUUAAUGGAAGAAAUGAAAACAGUUUUAAAAGAAAUCGAAUCAAAUUCAUCAAUUAAAUCCGCAGUACUUAUAAGUGGUAAGCCAAAUAGUUUUAUUGCUGGAGCAGAUAUAACUAUGUUACAAAAAGUAAAAACAGAGGAUGAGGCAUAUCAAAUAUCCAAAAAUGGUCAAGAAAUUUUAAAUAGCAUUGAGCAAUCUAGAAAACCAAUUGUGGCGGCUAUUCAAGGUACUUGUUUAGGAGGAGGUUUAGAGGUAGCACUCGCUUGUCACUAUCGUGUAGCAGUCAAAGAUAAAAAAACAAUAUUAGGUUUGCCUGAGGUUAAAUUAGGUUUAUUACCUGGUGGUGGAGGUACACAAAGACUUCCUAAAGUUACAUCUCUUCCAAAUGCACUACAAAUCUGUUUAACUGGUUCAACACUCAAAGCAGAGAAAGCAAAAAAACAAGGAAUUGUAGAUUUACUUGUCAAUCAUCUUGGUCCAGGUAUAGCUACACCUGAAGAAAAUACUCGACGUUAUUUAGAAGAAACGGCUAUCAAAGUUGCUAAAGACAUAAGCAAUGGCCAAAUAAAACUUGAUGAAGGCCCUAAAUCUCUUAUGGAAAAAUUAACUCGAUGGGUAUUUAGCUUGCAAUUUGUUAAGGAUCAAGUAUUUAAAAAAUCUAAAGCUCAAGUUAUGAAAAUGACAAAUGGACUUUAUCCAGCUCCAUUAAAAAUAUUAGAAGUUCUUAGAGUUGGUUUAGAUAAAGGUCCAACGGCGGGUUAUGAGGCUGAAGCUCGUGGUUUUGGAUAUCUUGCAAUGACUCCUCAAUGCAAAGGUUUAAUUAGUUUAUUUUUUGGACAAACAGCGUGUAAGAAAAAUCGCUUUGGACCUCCAACAAAUCAAGUAAAAUCAAUAGCUGUUGUUGGAGCAGGUUUGAUGGGUGCUGGGAUUGCCCAUGUGAGUAUUGAUAAAGGUUACACGGUAAUUCUGAAAGAUACCACAGAUACUGGACUAUAUCGUGGUGUAGGACAAAUCCAAAAAGGCUAUGAUACUGCAGUGAAACGAAAACGAAUUAGUGUUAUAGAGAAAGACAAAAUAAUGACAAAUUUAGUGCCUACAUUAGAUUAUAAAGAAUUUAAAAAUGUUGACAUUGUGAUUGAAGCUGUCUUCGAAGAUAUAGCAAUAAAACAUAAAGUUAUAAAAGAAAUAGAAGCUAACGUACCAGAACAUUGUGUUAUAGCUACUAAUACAUCAGCUAUCCCAAUAACUAAAAUAGCAGCUGGCAGCUCUAGACCUGAUAAGGUCAUAGGAAUGCAUUACUUUUCUCCUGUUGAUAAAAUGCAACUUCUUGAACUGAUUACUCACAAAGGCACGUCUAUGGAAACAAUAAAAACUGCUGUAGAUGUUGGCUUGAAACAAAAUAAAAUUGUUAUUACUGUUGGUGAUGGUCCAGGAUUUUAUACGACUAGGAUUCUAAGUGCAAUGUUAUCCGAAACUUUACGACUUCUUCAAGAAGGCGUUGACCCAAUUCAUCUUGAUACACUGUCAAAGAAAUUUGGUUUUCCAGUCGGCCCAACAACUUUAUGCGAUGAAGUUGGUAUUGAUGUUGGUGCCCACAUUGGUGUUGAUUUAUUCAAAGCCUUUGGAGAUCGCUUUGGAGGUGGUAAUUUCAAUAUCAUGACUGAUAUGGUUAAAGCCGGUUAUCUUGGACGCAAGUCUGGUAAAGGAAUUUUUGUUUAUGAACCUGGUCGAAAGGAUAGAAAUGUCAACCUUGGCGCAUUAGAUAUUAUUAAACAAUAUUCAUUACAACCUAAAGGAAGCACUGCUGAUGAAGAUCGUCAAUUAAGAAUGGUUACUCGAUUUGUUAAUGAAGCUGUUUUAUGCUUAGAAGAAAAUAUUCUUGCUAAUCCGCUCGAAGGUGAUGUUGGUGCAGUGUUUGGUCUUGGUUUCCCACCAUUUACUGGUGGUCCAUUCAGGUGGGUUGAUUGGUACGGAGCGGGUAAUCUAGUCCGAAAAAUGGAAGAAUAUCAAGCUCAUUAUGGUGCGUCCUUUAAACCGUGUCAAACUUUAUAUGAUAUGGCUUCUGAUUCAACAAAAAGAUUUCAUGCUAAAUGAAUAGGUUGAACAGUUUAUCAUUGUUUAUCUAUAACGCAGUAACAUAGUGGUAUUUAUCCAUAAUUACGAACUGAAAAAAAUUAUGAAUUUUCUAUAUUUCUAUUAGCUAUUUGGAAGAAUGCAUUUGAAAAAUGUAUUUAUGAACAAUACAGUUUAUAUUUUCAUAUUUUUAAACAAAUGUUACACUUUUAUAUAUUGUAGAAAAAUGUCUAUUUUAUAAAUAUACAUUUUUUUGAAAUUAAA